AUGCAGCACUUGUACGAGACCGCAUAUGUAUGCGAGAUGGGCGCAUGGUGCUGUCGUAAUGCAGGACGCGGUGACCGAGUGCACACCACUGACACUUCCGCGGCGACACAACGCACAGAACGAGAUCUGGAAGAAGGAUCAGUGGGACGAGUUCUCGUUUUUGUUAAUCCACAUUCUGGAGCUGGCAAAGGAAAGAGGACAUUCCGACGGCUUGUAGCUCCUAAACUAAAGAAAAAUCGGAUAGAGUAUGAACUCAUCAUAACGACCGGGCCAAAUCAUGCGAAGGCGGUGGUACGAUCGCGAGAAGAUCUUUGUAAAUUUAAUGGCGUGAUUAUACUAUCUGGAGAUGGUCUUGUAUUUGAGGUCCUCAACGGUCUUUUUGAACGACCGGAUCGUGCAACUAUCAUUCCUUGCUUACCGAUAGGAAUUGUACCGAGCGGUUCCGGCAAUGGUUUACUUUCUUCGCUCUUCGCCAGCCGCGGAGAACCCCUCAAAAAUCCGGACUUCACAAGAAGAGCAAUCGAAAUCGCUUGUUCUCCAUGUGCACAUGCUCAGUCAGUGAAUUUGAUUCAUAUACAAACCGAAAAGGACAAUUUUGCAGCAUUUCUUAGCGUAGGAUGGGGAUUGAUGGCAGAUAUUGAUAUAGAAAGUGAGCGUUGGCGUAAAACGCUAGGAUCAAACCGAUUUGUUCUCGGCGGGCUGAUAAGAACGUUAAAUCUACGAACCUAUCGAGGACGAUUAGCUUUUAAAGUGUAUACGGGUGAUAGGUAUAUAACCAGUGAAAGCUUUGAUCUUUAUGCAAAGACCGCUGGCGAACGGAUGUUGGCCACACCAGAAAGUAGUAAUGUUGAUGAGGUCUGCCUUUCGCAUCGACCGCUUGAUACAGCAUGGCGACAUAUGCACAGUGAAAGCAUGGGCGAUGUGGAGGACGAGAUUCCGGAAGACUGGACAGUAGUCGAGGACGAGUUUGUCUCAGUCUAUGCUGUUACCCUGUCGCACAUCUCGAACGUAGGUCCAUUUGCUCCAAAGGCUCUUAUGGAUGAUGACCGGAUCUAUUUAACCUAUAUACUUCGGAAAGAUUUAUCUAGUCGAUUUGAUCUCAUUAACUAUCUGUCAGCAAUCGAAAAGCAAAAACACUUGGAUCUAUCAUAUGUUAAGGUUGUUGAAGUAUCGGCGUUUCGCUUGGAACCUCUAGACUCUGGCUCGUAUUUGACAGUUGACGGUGAAGUAAUUAAUGCUAAAAGCCUCCAAGCAGCAACGACUUCAUUGAAGACAGCUAUUUUUGCACCGUAACCUCAUCAUCAGCGAAUUUGUCCAGGAUCUACCAGUACUCACUGUGAUAUCUAUGAGCUCUAACCACAAUUUUCUCUAAACAACACGUAGG